AUGAUUAAUCCUCAACAAACGUUUGUUGUCAUCUUUGUUACUAUACAUCGUGCAUUGUUAAAUACAAUGGCUGUGGUUUUUUUGUUCAUCGUUGUGAUUGCAACACAAAUAAUCUCGAUCAAUAGUCAAUUCGGUGGUUUUGGUCAAACUCCAUUACAAUGUUGGCGUUGUGAUUCAUUAAAAUCUGAUCAAGAAAGAUUUGCUGAAUCACGAAAAUUUGCAUGCCUUCGUCAUUUUGAUUUUACGCAACAUUCAGCUGAACCAUGUGAUGGAAAAUGUUGGAUGUCCUAUGAAGUUAUUGAACCCAAAACAAAAGCUGAACGAGAAAAAGCUAUAAGAAUGGUUGAUGAAAUACCUGAUACAGAUCGACGUUGUUUUACAAGUGACGAUCUAACAAAAGCUAGCAUGAUCGGAUUAAAUGCUGCUAAUGGAUGUCGUGAUGUCAAAAUGAGAGAAAAAGUUAAAAAAUUUUGUUUCUGUGACACUGAUUUUUGCAAUGGAACUUUAUCAACGAACAGAUUUUCGUUUGUUUUAUUUUUAUUUAUUUAUUUUCUUUCGUUGUUGCGUGUUUUCAGAAGUUGA